CUCUGUCCGGCCAGCGGCAGAGGGGAUGUCCUACUAACUAACUCCACCAAAACUUUCUAGAAACUCAGUCAACAGAAAAAAACAAACACUGACUGACUGACAAAAGUGUCGCAACUCGCCUCACUUCCCCUUUAAUGAAACUUUUGACUACUUGUGUGUUUUUCGUUUUUAACUGAAACAGGCACAGUCUGCACAUCCACUUUGAUUCCUUUUUUUGAAUGAGCCGGGUCACGCUUGCGUAGAGAGCUUUUUUCUUUUCUCGAGUUUUUCUUUUCUUUUUCUUUUUUUUACGUUGGGAUAAAGUUUCUCUUUAUCAGUUAAGACUCGUGAUGGCUGUCCUGUCACUAGCGUUACUACUUGUAGGAUUUGUAUUGACUUCAGCUGACAAGGCUGGUGAAGUAGAUAGAGAGGACCAGCUCAGGAGCCGGCUGAAGGAAUAUGGCCUCGUCACUCCCUUCAGCACCGACUCUCAUGGACACUACCUGUCACACCUGCUCUCUGCUACUCACAAGCAGCGAGUCAAGAGGGAGGUGUUUUCUUCUGGUGAAUCUGAACAGAAACUUUUCUUCAACAUCUCUGCAUUUGGGAAGGAGUUCCACCUCCGUCUGCGUCCAAACAACAAGCUGGUGGCGCCAGGUGCUAUGGUGGAGUGGCACGAUGAGGUUGAAGGCUUCAGGAACGUCAGUGUCAGCGCUGGUGAUGAUGCCAGUACAGGCGCCAACCAGACUGAAUCCACCACCGGGACCGAGAGGAUACUGCGGCGUGAGCUGCUAAAGACAGACUGCACAUUUAUCGGUGACAUCACGGACGUCCCCGGGGCCGCGGUUGCUAUUAACAACUGUGACGGACUGGCUGGAAUGAUCCGCACUGACUCAGAUGAGUACUUCAUUGAGCCGCUGGAGAGAGGCACUCAGGAGCUGGAGGACCAGGGCAGGGUCCACGUGGUUUAUCGCAGGUCGGCUCUGCUGCAGGCCUCCUCCGACAUCUCUGUGGAUUACCAGCUACAUGAGCCAGACCUGGAUGUACCCAGUACUCUGGACUCAGUUGCCCGCCAGGUCAAUGAGACGAUCCGCCGCCGUCGCCGAGAUGCUGGUGAGGACGAUUACAACAUUGAAAUCCUGCUGGGGGUUGAUGACUCGGUGGUUCGAUUUCACGGCAAGGAGCAUGUGCAGAAUUACCUCCUCACUCUCAUGAAUAUUGUCAAUGAGAUUUACCAUGACGAGUCACUGGGAGUCCACAUCAACGUGGUCCUGGUGAGGAUGAUCAUGCUGGGAUAUGCAAAGUCCAUCAGCCUCAUUGAAAGAGGAAACCCAUCACGGAGCCUGGAGAACGUGUGCCGCUGGGCAUUUGUGCAACAGAAAGGUGACCCUGAUCACGCUGAACACCACGACCACGCAAUUUUCCUCACUCGCCAAGGCUUUGGCCCCACGGGGAUGCAGGGUUAUGCACCAGUCACAGGGAUGUGCCACCCAGUCCGGAGCUGCACCCUCAACCAUGAAGACGGCUUCUCCUCAGCCUUCGUUGUGGCUCAUGAGACCGGACAUGUGUUGGGCAUGGAGCACGAUGGCCAAGGAAACCGCUGUGGGGACGAAACGGCGAUGGGAAGUGUGAUGGCUCCUUUGGUGCAGGCGGCCUUCCAUCGAUACCACUGGUCCAUGUGCAGUGGACAGGAGCUGAAGAGAUACAUCCACACAUACGACUGUCUCUUGGAUGACCCCUUCAAACAUGACUGGCCGCAGCUUCCUGAACUUCCUGGCAUCAACUACUCCAUGGAUGAGCAGUGUCGGUUUGACUUUGGAGUGGGCUAUAAAAUCUGCACUUCAUGGUGCUACAAAGGUCACUGCAUGUGGAAGAACCCUAAUCAGGUCAAGCAAGACGGUGCCUGGGGCUCCUGGAGCAAAUAUGGCUCCUGUUCACGCUCCUGUGGAACUGGAGUUCGCUUUCGGACACGUCAGUGCAACAACCCAGCACCCUCCAACGGUGGCCAGGACUGCCCAGGAGUAAACUACGAGUAUCAGCUGUGCAACACUGAUGAUUGCCCCAAGCACUUCGAAGAUUUCAGAGCUCAGCAGUGCCAGCUCCGCAACUCCCACUUUGAGUUCCAAAAUGCCAAACACCAUUGGCUGCCCUACGAGCAUCCCGACGCCAACAAGAGAUGCCACUUGUAUUGCCAGUCAAAGGAGACCGGAGACGUGGCAUACAUGAAGCAGCUGGUGCAUGAUGGGACACGAUGCUCCUACAAAGAUGCCUACAGUAUCUGCGUGCGUGGAGAAUGUGUGAAAGUUGGCUGCGACAGAGAGAUUGGCUCUAACAAAGUUGAGGACAAAUGUGGCGUUUGUGGUGGGGACAACUCCCACUGCCGCACCGUUAAAGGAACCUUCACCCGAACACCAAAGAAAGCUGGUUACCUUAAGAUGUUUCUCAUUCCUCCUGGAGCUAGACAUGUGAUCAUCCAAGAACAUGAGGCCUCCCCUCAAAUUCUUGCAAUCAAGAACCAGGCAACGGGGCAUUACAUUCUCAAUGGAAAAGGAGAGGAGGUCAAGACCAGAAGCUUCAUUGACUUGGGUGUGGAGUGGCACUACAUCAUCGAAGAAGACAUGGAGACGCUGCACACUGAUGGACCUCUGCAUGACCCCGUUGUGGUUCUGAUUAUACCCAAGGACAAUGAAACACGGUCCACUUUAAUGUACAAGUACAUCAUCCAUGAAGAUUCAGUUCCUGUCAACAACAACAAUGUAAUCCAGGAGGAAACAUAUGAGUGGGCUCUCAAGAGCUGGUCUCCAUGUUCCAAACCUUGUUCCGCAGGGUUUCAGUACACUAAGUAUGGAUGUCGAAAAAAAGGAGACACCAAGAUGGUCCAUCGAGGCUACUGCGAUGCCAGCAAGAAGCCAAAACCCAUCCGCAGAAUGUGUAAUCUUCAGGACUGCACACAGCCUCAAUGGAUCUCAGAGGAAUGGGAGCAUUGUACCAAAACUUGUGGCAGCCUGGGCUUUCAGAUCCGGACUGUUCGCUGCGUGCAGUUUCUCCACGAUGGCACCAACCGCUCCGUCCACAGCAAGUACUGCAGUGGGGAGAAGCCAGAGAGCCGGAGGCCCUGCAACAGAAUCUCAUGUCCUGCCCAGUGGAGGAGUGGAGCGUGGUCAGAGUGCUCUGUGACCUGUGGAGAAGGGAUGGAAAGGCGUCUGGUCACUUGCCGGAUUGGAGAUCAAUGUAGCGGAGAAAAACCCGAAACUGUGAGACCCUGCAGACCAGGACCCUGCCAUGAUGAGCCAUGUAAUGGAGACAAAUCCAUCUUCUGCCAAAUGGAGGUCUUAGCACGAUACUGCUCCAUUCCAGGCUACAACAAACUAUGCUGCGACUCCUGCAGCAAGCGCAGCGGAGCUCUGUCUCUGUUUUCAGAGGCGGCUGAGACGGAGGAGCAUGUUCGCUUUGGAUCAGCAUCCCAGCUGCUAGAGACAUUAACGGCCUCUGUAGCAGCCAACGGCACUCGCAGUGGUAAACAAGGCUCAGGCAAAGGAUCCACAGGCAAUGCUGCAAAACAUGUUACCACCCCUGCCCCGCUUAAGAAAACCCAAUCAAAGAUCACUGCAGCACCAAGGCGGGUUCCCCGACACAUGGGUCUCAGUGGCAGGAAUCUGCCCGCUCUGGCACCAUCCCCCCUGGUGGAUCCUACUGAGGGUCAAAGGUUGAGCAGCUUGACAGAUAGUCGGCCUAUAGCAUAUUCCGAAGUGGAGAGAUGAAAGUGACGUCCUUCCCCUUCAGGACUCGUAGAUAAUCCAGCUUCAUCCUGAGUCUUCUUACGCCAAAAAACACCACAGAGAGAAACAGAGAAAUAAAUUAAAGUGCUGGUUCACUUUGUUGUUAAGAAUUUCCCUUCCCUUUUGCCCCUGAAAUUGACUUCUAAUAUGACUUGGACAUCUUCUGGAGAGCUUCCAGAGUAUUUGGACUUAAACAGCCAUGUUGCUUUGCUUUCACACUUUAUAUUAAGAGGAGACAAUAAUAAAAUAAUUUAGAGGUCCGAAGGGAAUUUUUAGGUGUCUGCAUGUCCCCUCUGAUUAGUCUUUUCUCUGGUCUGGUCAUUUAAUGAACCAGGCCCCUGGUGUCUGCAGAGUGUCACAGCGGGUCCUCCGGCAAACGCUCAGCAGACAGCGAGAGAGAAAAUGUCAACAUGUGUGUCAUUAUAGCUCAUUCAAUUUGAAAAUUCAUGCAGUUUUUAAUCCUGAUACAGCUGAAAAUCCCUUUUUACUUGAAUGUUACAAAUUGCCAUUUUUCUUGCCAAAAAAUGAAAGCUUGACCCAUGGAGUCAUAUAGAGUCCCAGUACUUGAGGAGUCACUGCAUAUACAAAAUCAAACACCGGACUUUAUAUGGACACAUAUGGAAAGUGGCCAGAGAUAAACCAGUGAAAACCAUUAGAAAAAAUGGUUUUAGUUGUAUACAUUUUUUUAUAUCCAGCAAUGUCUGUUUAUUGGCACUCUACAGUUUCUAUGGAAAUGGGUAUUUAUAAAGGUUCCUGUAAAUACUGUACAUGAAAAUACCAGUAUUAUUUUAAUAAGCUGAGGAUACUUUCAAAGACCCUUUUAAUCAAUUAAAUAACAAACAUUAUUCCUAAUGUUUACUUUGUCAGCAGCAAUGUACAUUUACAGUGCACUGUUCCACUCUAAAGGCUGGUGCUAGGUUUAGCUCAUAAAGGUGUAGUUUGUCCUUUUAAGAAAUACACUUAUUUGCAGAGAGUUAGAUAAGACGAUUGAUACAACUUUCAUACCUGUACUGUAAAUAUAAAGCUUCAGCCAGGAGAAAGUUAGCAAGUGUAGCAAAUUUAGCAGGUAGAAACAGCUAGCCUGGUUAAUAAUUAGGAUUACCAAUACAGCUGAAGUUCACAAAUUAAUGUUAUAACCUUUUUUGUUUAAACCAUACAAAAUUGUAUAAAAAAAUGAAAAAAACAAGACAAACAGAUUUUGUUCCCAGAGUCAGGCUAGCUGUUCUGCCUGUUUCUAGUUGCUGCACUGUGCUAAGCUAACUGUUCCCUGGCUUUCAUGUUUAAUGUGCAGACAUGAGAGUGGUAUAAUUCUUCAAGAACAAAAGCAAAUAAACACAUUUCCCUAAAUGUGAAACUAUUCCUUUAAGAAGCACCCUAUACAAGUUAUUUCAUCCCAGCCUUUACCUUUUUCUAAAAUCAAAAGUUUGUAUGGUGCUAGCCAUUGACCUUUUGGACUCUUUGUAUUGCCCUCCUUGUCAAAGUGUUUGCUCAGAAAGGUUGAAGGUCAAAGAAGGGAACUGUUAGGGAUGUGUUACGUGUCAAAUUAUAUACAGCCAGCUCUUGUUCAGCUUGUACAGACUAAAACACGUGAAAAUGUCACCAUGCAACUGACAUAUGUUCUUCUGUUUUACUUUUAAGUGUCAAUGAAAUAUGCAAAAACCCAUCUUUAGAUGUUAAGUGUUGGAUUUGCAGAUAAUGUUUUAUAUUGACUAUACUAUCAAUUUAAAAAACUUAAAGCUUCAUUAAGCAUUUUUUGACCACUAGGGGCAGAAAGACCCCAAAACAAACUCACAGUACCACAGUAAGGCCAAUAUUCACUCUCCUUUAAACUCUGUUUUGGUCUUUACCAACUCCUCUGGGGAAUAUCUGUCUCUUCAGCUGCAAGAUAUUCAACUUUCUUCACCAGCUAAACUACUUGUUUAUGUUGUCUCUCUGCUGUUUGGUACUGGCUAAAAUACACUCAGCUUUUUGAUUUUAUCUGGGGGAGUUGACAAGAGCCAAACUGAUGUGCUAUAAGCUGUGUAGUACAGAGUUGGGUGUUAAUUCUCAGUGGGUUUAGCACUGUGAGUGAUCCUUUCACAUUACACAGAGUAAUUUUGAUCAAUUUUAAUAUCAAAAAUCUUGCUUAAUGGAGCUUUAACUCAGGACAUCCUUUCACAUUUAGUCUGAACAAGGUUUUGUUGAACAUUUUGCGUUUACAGGAACCAAGGCUAAAUGUAAGCACAAGAAGCUGGACUUUCAAAAGAAUAUUACUGUAUGUGGAACAUGUUUUUCCAAUGUAUUUCCUAAAUGGCUUUUUUGUGGUGGAAGAAGGUUCAGGAGAGAGAAAGCUAUUUAUUUAUUUUUUUCAAGGAUUUCCUCACAACCACCAUGCAUCUGACUGCAAUAGCAAGGACACAGUUUUGUGUUUUAAGCAAAGAAAUAGCUUGCAACUAUUCACACUCACUCCUGUGUGCCAAUGUAUAGUACAUGUAUAUAGCAUUGAGUACAUAAAUAUUUAUUGAAAGUUAAAGGGUUCUGCUAUUGUUUUUACAGUAUGUGCAGUGCCAGCUGGUCAAUAAGCUGCAGCAGAUAAACCAUUGAAAACUAAUCACAUUCAUGACAGCCUUUUUUUCAGCCACAUUUAAACAUUUUAAAGAGAUUUUUACUUAAAAAAACAUGAUAGACUAGAAAUUACAUUGUUUUUUGCAAACAGUUAGAUGUAAAUAUACAUGCUCAAUUUUGAGAUGUUUUACUUGUCAGAAAGCUGACUUUUCUCAGCUGUUUUGUAGAAGUUGUUAACAGAGCUGUUACAUCACAGCGACAUGUACUGACCAAAAAAAUGCUUUAUUUUAACUAAUAAAACAUAAAUAGUGUAGUACCAAUAAACCAGUAAAGUUUUUUUUUAUACUGUUUGUAGUUGUCAGUAUUGUCUAACCAUUUUACAUUUCCCUCCCCUGUUCUUUUCACACCCUUUACUUGCUGCCUAUACAACAUUGCUGCUAAUGUUAUACAGAGCUUGUAAUGAUAAAUAGGGUAGUUGUAGAUGUUACAUUGACAAUCCCUGAGCCUCAGACAGAUAUUACUGCAUAGGAUUCUCCAUGUACUGUAUCAAUACCCCUGUGCUAUCCGUGCAUUGAAGAAUUAUGAUUGUCAGUCACUCUCUGCUCUAUUCGCUUUUCUAUGUAUUUGUGUAGAUUGAAGUGUACACUACUGAUGCUGUUUGUUGUAAUGGGGAGCACAUAGCAAUAAAAGA